AGACAAAGAAGAUGUGGGAAAGGUCUGGUCUCGUGUACUAUUUAUGCAUAUUAGCGCUGAAUACACUCCUCGACUGUGGACACACUGAAGAUGCUGAGCUGAUUGUUGAACCCAACUCACCCUAUUUAUUUAGUGGAGAGUCUGUUACCUUCAUAUGUGACAUGAGAGAAGGAACAGACACUGACUGGCUUUACACAUUCAACAGGAACGGUCGACCAGUUGUCUCGUUCAGUACAGACAACUCAUACUCGCUUAACCUGACGGCUGACUUGAGCGGUGAUUAUCAGUGCACUGGUCGUCACAAGGUCUCAACAAAGUUGACCAAACAGAGUAACAAUGUCACUCUGUCUGUAUCAGCAGGAAGACCUGUGGCCACUCUGAGAGCAGGCAGGACAACGAUACCAGUAGGGGGCACUCUGACACUGACCUGUUCUGUAGAAGGCUCUGCUGGAUGGAAAUAUGACUGGUUCAGACGUUCCUCAGAUUCCCAUGAAACUUUAAUCAUUACGAAUGGUGAACAAAACAUCAAUAUCUCACAAAACGGUAUCUACCGUUGCCGGGGAGGAAGAGGAAAGCCAGUUUUCCUCACAGAGUACAGUGAUGACUUUCGCGCUGAGAUGACUUUGUCCAACAGGAUCUCUGUGACCCUGCAACACAGCUGGACUAAGGUAUUCAGCGGUGAGACGAUCACUCUUGUAUGUAAGAUCAAGACAGGUGGAGACACUGAGUGGGUGUACGAAUGGAGAACAACCAGCUCACACACACCUCCUACACACCGUGUGUACAGGAUCAGCAGUGUUUCUGUUUCCCACAGUGGACGCUACUGGUGUAAGGGUAGAAGGGACUCGUAUUCCUCAACAGAGUGGAGUAAUGCCGUCCAACUGUUAGUAUCAUCAUAUAGACCCAGGCCCAAAGUUAUCGUACAGAAGAGAACCAUACCAGAAGGUGGCAACCAAAUACUGACCUGUGAUAUGGAGGACUCUGCUGAGUGGAAAUACUACUGGUUCAGACGUACCUCUGUCUUUUCUGAAAGUCAGAUCAUUAGAGAUGGUAAACCUGAGACAGUACUCAGUGUCUCACAAGGAGGCAUCUACCACUGCAGAGGAGGGAGAGGAAAUCCAGUUGUCUUCACAGAGGACAGUGACGCAGUCACUAUUGAGAAAAGAGUUUCCAACAAGGCAGUCGUGACCUCGCAACCCAACUGGCCUCUGAUAUUUAGUGGUGAAACCAUCACUGUAAUCUGUGAUAUUCACGAAAGAGGAAACACUGCGUGGGAGUAUGAAUGGAGCAAACCCAACUCAAACACAACUCUAACAGACAACGAAUGCAGGAUUAGCAGUGCUACUGUGUCCGACAGUGGAAACUACAGGUGCAUGGGUAAAAAGAAAUGGGACUUGUAUUCCACAACAGAGUGGAGCGAUGUCAUCACAUUGACAGUUUCAUCACACAGACCAAAAGCCAACCUGAGUGCUGACAGCAGAGCCUUUCCAGCAGGGGGCAGUGCGACCCUGACCUGCUCUGCGAACCCACCAUCAUUUGGUUGGAAAUACUUAUGGUUCAGAGAGCAGACAGCCUUUCAACACUUGACCACACAAGAAUUUGUCUUCCUCUCAAAUGAAACAAUCAGUGUCUCACAGGAAGGACUGUACACUUGCAUUGGAGGAAGAGGAGAUCCAAUUUACUACACAGAGUACAGUGACUCAAUCAGAAUUUACAAAAUUGCUACAAAAGGGGCUGUAGUGACCAUGCAACCCAACUGGCCUGAGUUAUACUCUGGAGAGACGGUCACUCUUAGAUGUGAGAUCCAGGGAGGAGACACUAAGUGGGAGUACGAAUGGAUGACAACCAGUUCAUUUAAACCUCCAAACCAGAAUGAAUACAGAAUUAGUUCUGUCUCUCCAUCACACAUUGGAGACUACUGGUGUAAGGGCAGACUGGAAAGGGCACAACAGAAUUCAACAGGGUGGAGUAUUUCCUUCAAACUGACAACGUCUUAUAAACCUCAGCCUGUCCUCACUGUGUCUCCAUUAUGGCUGAGUCCUGGAGCCUCAGUAACUCUGAACUGCAGUGUUAAACAUUCAUCUGCAGGAUGGAGGUUCUUCUGGUAUAAGGCUGUUCCCAAACUGUCAGACAACUCCUACAGCUAUGAGCUGAUACCUGGCAGCAUCAAUGGGACUGAACAGGAUUCCUACAUUGUUGAUGGACAGACACACACAGCAGGAUAUGUGUGCAGAGCUGGAAGAGGAGAUCCGGUGUAUUAUACUCAUUACAGUGGACCUAAGUUUGUCUGGUCUGGAGAUGUUCGAUCAGCAGCGUCUCUCACAGUGAGUCCUCACAGAGUGCAACACUUCGCAGAUGACUCUGUCUUACUGAGCUGUGAGGGAAACUCUACUGAGUGGCAAGUGAAGAGGUUUUUUGAGGACGGCUACUUGUCAUACUUGCCAUACUGCCCUUUCAGGGGGACAAUGACUGGAUUCACAUGCUAUAUAGACCCUAACCAUCUCUUGGGCCGUACUGCUGUGUACUGGUGUGAGUCUGGAUCAGGGGAGUUCAGCAAUGCCGUCAACAUCACAGCAAAUUAUGAUGUUAUCCUGGUGAGCCCUGUCCAUCCUGUGACUGAGGGAGAUUCUGUCACAUUUGGCUGCAAGCUAAGGACAGAAGAAUUACUUUCCAAUGUCGCUUUCUACAAAAAUGAUGAACUGAUUCAAAAUAAUGACAGAGUGGACCUGAAUAUAUCUGCAGUCUCAAAGUCAGACGAAGGCUUCUACAGCUGUAAAUACUCAGGAAAAGUGUCACGACAGAGUUGGAUGUCAGUAAAAUGUGAGUAUGACUGAUGCAGCCCGUUUUCAUUUGUUUAUGUGUGCUAUGAUAGCCUUAGGAUCAGCAGAUUUCACCCAGCAGGCCUUUUUCCC